UCCGCGGGGGGAGUGUGGCGACGCGCGGGGGGGAUGCGCGUACGCACCUGCCGCGUCUGUCCCACUCAGUCCGCGUUCGACAGUGCCACGCGUUGCACGCGCCAUGUUUUCGUAUUUCAGUGAAACGUCGCGAGUGUCGUAACGGAACGUUUUGUGAACAUUAAUAUGGAUGUGUUAUAUUUGUGCAUCGCCCUGCUUCUCCUGCCAGCAGGGUAUGCAGCAGCAUCAUGCCGUUUCCCGGGCGCGCCGGCCCACUCCCACGUCACAUUCUCUGACGAGGGUAUGGUGGAGGGCACCGUCGCCACCUAUACCUGCGAGCGAGGCUUCGAGCUCCUCGGGCCGGCCAGAAGGGUGUGCAAUACUAAAGGACGAUGGUCGCCGGACGGCAUACCGUUUUGUGUACUGAACGUCGCUGCAGGCAAGGCUCCAAUGCAAGCGUCCACUGAAGAGGGUGGGGUGCCACAGAGGGCGCUGGACGGCAGCACCGCUUCCGCCUUCAGCCCGGACACGUGCACCCUCACCAAGGCGGAGCGGGUGCCGUGGUGGUACGUCAACCUGCUGGAACCUUACAUGGUGCAGCUGGUGAGGCUCGACUUCGGGAAACCUUGCUGUGGACCGAACAAGCCGGCCGUCGUCGUGGUUCGAGUGGGCAACAACCGUCCAGACUUGGGCACUAACCCCAUCUGCAACCGGUUCACCGGGUUCCUCGAGGAAGGCCAGCCCCUCUUCCUGCCGUGCAACCCUCCGAUGCCGGGCGCCUUCGUCAGUGUCCAUCUGGAAGCGUCCACGCCCUCUCACCUGUCUAUUUGCGAGGCGUUUGUCUAUACGGACCAGGCGUUACCGAUAGAGAGAUGUCCGCAGUUCAGAGACCAGCCGCCGGGAAGUACGGCGACUUACAAUGGAAAAUGUUACAUAUUCUACGAUAGACAGCCGGCUAGCUUCAGGGACGCGCUCGGUUUCUGCCGGUCCCGCGGCGGGACCCUUGUGGACGAGAGCAACCCAGCGCUCCAAGGAUUCAUCAGCUGGGAGCUUUGGCGGCGUCAUCGAAGCGACAGUAGCAGCCAGUACUGGAUGGGCGCAGUGCGCGACCCCCAGGACCCUGACAACUGGAAGUGGGUGGACGGCAAUGACGUCACGGUCUCCUUCUGGAACGCCCCAGGCGGUAGCGAGGACUGCGCCAGAUUCGAUGGCAGCAAAGGCUGGCUGUGGGCCGACACCGACUGCCAAGCUCGAUUGAACUAUAUCUGCCAGCACCAGCCGAAAGCGUGCGGUAGACCGGAACAGCCCCCGAACUCGACGAUGAGCGCCGAGAAUUUCGACGUGGGCGCUUCAGUUGAGUACUCGUGUGACGAGGGCCACCUCCUGGUCGGGCCCACAGUGAGGACGUGCCUUGACACCGGCUUCUAUGAUGAAUUCCCGCCAGUGUGCAAACGAAUCGAAUGCGGCUACCCGGCGGAGAUACCGCACGGGUCAUACGAGCUGGUGAACGGGUCCGUCUCCUACCUGUCACACGUACAGUACUCAUGCAAGCCUGGCUACGAGAUGGUCGGUCGCUCACGACUCGUCUGCGACAUCGACGAGAGGUGGAACGGGCCUCCGCCACGGUGCGAUGUGGUCCAAUGCGAGGAGCCGCCUCAAAUUGCGAACGGGCGCGUCACAGUAGCCAGCAAUGCCUCUGUAUUUGGCUCUGUCGCGGAGUAUGCUUGCAUUCGAGGGUACAAGCUGCAAGGAGCGCGCAGAAUCACUUGUCUUGCAUCCGGAUUAUGGGAUAAACCCACACCACAUUGCCGAAUUGAGGAGACAACCACAUCAACCAGCACCACGACAACAACUACACCAUCCACGACCACCACGGUCCUACCCAUCCCUUCGAUCACAACACCCCCACUACUGCCCACCAGGCGCCCCCCGCCUCGACCUAUCUCGUCCCCGAGCCCCUUCUCCACCGCCGAACCUCCCCGGAGACUGAAGCCGAAGACAACUGAGCGACCCACCACGAAAGUGUACGAGAGGCCACCAGAAAGGAAGGUGACCGUUAGUGAUGCACAGGAGUCGCCCACGAGUCACGUGCCACACAUCAUAGUAGCCAGCCACCCAAGGGAAAAUCAGAUUCUGGGUAGCGGCCACAACAUACGAGCUGAGCAGACUCCUCGUGUCAACGUGCCCCAUCCGGUGGACGGCGAGCGGCGGGAGACCAUCGGCGCCCGCCUCAACCUCGGCGCUGUGGUGGCGCUCGGCGCGUUCGGCGCGUUUGUGUUCCUUGUGGCUAUAAUCACCACGAUAGUCAUUCUCGUCAGAAGCAGGAAACACAACGACGGCAAGCGGUACCGUCACCACGUGUCGCCGGACUGCAACACUGUCGUGUCCCUGGACUCGUCGUCGUCAGAGUCCAGGAGCGGCCUGAACAAGUACUACAGACAGGCGUGGGAGGAGCUUCACGAGGCCGCCGGCGCCAAACAUGGCCAUAGAAGAGACAGGGAAGCGCCCAAGGACGGGUCCGAGCUGGUGGUGUCCGAUGUGUACCCCGCGGCGCACGCCCGCGACAAGCGCCGCCACCACCACCACCACCACCACCGCGAGGCCCGGCACCCCGACUGGCAAGCGCCCCAUCGUCCCCACCAUAAUCAUAAGCCUAGGUAUUAAUGUCUUAUUAUAUAUGACUCAAGUCUUUUAUAUAUAAUUUACAGGGUUCAAUACGAACAUUUUGUACUAUUAAUUUUUAGGGUCAUAUUACACUACUAAACAUAUGUAUAUGAUCAUAUCUAGAGAGACCUGUCAAUUUAUAAAAUUGUUGAUAGAAUCAAUUUUAAAAUUGAUCAGAUUUCUACACUGCCUCUGGACAAGGUACAAACGAAUCUAUCGGUAGAAUUGUUUCGGUGAGCGUUCACAUGUGUAAGAAUGAGACAACACAUACUGCCAUCUUAUUCUAUCUCAUGGACUGGCUAAUGACAAGGAUUCUAUCAAUAGAUUUCUUUUGUAUCUUAUCUAGGAGGGCUGUAUUUGUAUCUCUAAGAGAUGCAUAGUUAUGAUCGCACAUUUUCUAGUGUAAUAUGUCUACAUAGGGUUAUAUUGCAUUGUUAAAUAUGUAGGAUCAUAGCUAAAUUAAUAACUGAAUAUUUAAACACUUUGACUGUCAUACCAUAAUUCUGUAAAUCUUGGUCGUCAGCACACCUGCAAUGCCUCUGGUGUCGCGGGUGUUCAUAGGCGGCGGUAGUCACUUACCAUCAGGUGAGACGCAUGCUCGUUUGCCCCCCGUAGUGUAAAAAAUCUAUAGAUUAUCAGAAAUCCAAUGAAAUUAAUUCUUAUCUUUUUAUAAUCUUAUCUUACUCAUAAAAUAAAAUCAAUAAAAUAACAAGAUAUAGUUAACAAGAUAUAGUUUUUAAAAUAAAUUUUACCUUAAUAAGACAAAUAGAUGCCGCAUUUUUUUUUUAAUUUUGUCAUCGCCUCAAUCUGUCUAUUUGUCUGUCUGUCUGUAUGUUUAUUCCAACAACAUGAAAAAAUUACUGCACCAAAUUAGAUAUGGUUUCCACAAUACUGUUAAAUUACUAUUUUAACAAUUACUGGUACUUAAUUUCUAGUAUAUUAACCAUCUUAAUACACCAUCUAAAAGUAUAUAUAUUUUAUUGAUUUUCCCUACUUCUAAAUCUAAUCUAAAAAUAUGACAAUAUAUGAUCCCAUACAUCUGACAGUGUAAUAUUACUCUUAGGUGGAACUUGAACAUUUUAGUCUAUUUCAUAGUGAGUUCAUUUUAAUAUGUAGACUUUAUAUAAAAUUAAAAAAAAAAAAAUAAACCUAGUUAUUUUGAAUUGUUUAUUUUUCUUAAAUAUGGGAGAAUUUUGAGGCUAGAUUGUAACCACUAUACCAAAUAUGUAAGCAGGUGUCAAUCGUUUUUUUUUUUGUUAAUUAAGUAUAAAAACGUAUGUUAUUUUUAUAUUGAUGCCACAUAUUAUGUAUUAUUGUGUUUUGCCAACUAAUUUUUUAGCAACUAUAAGUGAAUGAAAGAACGGUACCAUAUGUACUAUUCAUUUGUAGCAUAGCAUACUGCAAAAUAUGUGACGUCAAUUUCGUCUGAAUACCAUUGACAAUUUUCAAUAUAGACUAUUAAAAGAAAAUAUAGGUAAUAUAUUUACGUUACAUGUAAGUUUCAGUAUUUCCAUGUUUUUUUAAUUUGUUUUUUUUUUUUUAAUUCAUCCGCUUAAACUAUGAUUACCUUGAUCUUGUCUUAAUUAUAUUACCUAUUUUCUAUAACGACCUACUUCUGUAUUUUUUUUUCCUAAUUUUCAUUAUAUUAAUUAGUCUUUAAGAAUUUUAUUUUGUACAUAAAUUAAUACAUAAGUAGGGGGCUGUAAGAUUAGAUUGAAGUUAAUCAUUGUUCACGCUUUUUCCUAUCUGAAAUUAAUCUAUUAAAUUCUCUUAUUCAAAUGUAAAAUUGAACUGUGAAAUAUUGGAACUAUGAUUAAUAUAAAUUUUAGCAUUAAGUUUCAUAUUAUUAUGAACCCCGUAGAAGGUUCUUUUAUGUUUCUAGUUGACUAAGGACCGAAUGGGAUCCGUUUGGAUUAUAGUUUACUUUCAUAUUAUGCUAAUAUAUAAUAUCAACCCAUUCGACCCUUAUUUUCCAGUGAUUUAUUAAAUAGAAGUUUGAUUUAAAGUAUACUUAAUGUCUAGAUAUUAUGGUACAAAGUAAUUAUGUAACUCUAUAGCCUACGAAACGACGCAGUACAAGUGUUUACAUCGGCUACGUACCUAACUUGAAGAAAUUGAAUGUGACAUGUGCCAUUUGACAGGCAGACAUAAAAGGUAGGAAAUUCACAGUUAUAUUAAUUAGUAAUUUAUAAUUAUACUUUUCUUUUUUUUUUUUUGUUCGCAAAUCGUCGGUGGAAAUAGUUAAGGUGUUCGUUUCGCAAAUGAUACUGGCAACUGUGAAAACUUAAUUUAAAAAAAUACAGGUUCAUAGACAACGAAAAUUGGGUUGUCUUUUUUAAGGUGUGUUGGUUGGUACCGCCUGUGCGGUACACGCUGGCGGGAUACCAGUGCCGGAUGUAGGAUUGACGAUAAAGUUUUGAGUCGUUUCGUUGUUCAAUAAUUGUUUUUGAAGUCCAAAUUAAUCCUGUACUGUCUAAUUGUAUAGGGUUGUAGUAAAAUAUUAUGGUAAUGCAUAUUGACUAACGUGAACAUCCUUGUUUACGUCAGUCAAUACUCUUUAUAUAACCUAAGAAUACAAAUAUGACAUAUCUACUAUUUAACAGAGGGACUUUGUACAAAAGUCCUCUUUAUGGGUACCUUUGUCCCACUCCUGUUUCUGUUAUGAAACAACUGUGCACUUGCAGGGUUGUAUUUCGGCCUGAAGGGUGCGAUAUGGCAGUGAAAUUACUAGGUACGUAGGUGCCAUACCAUUGCCCUCAGGAAUAACAAUACAUGAGCAGCACGGUAUAUACUGUGAUGUUCAUAGCGCUGUUCAUAUCUAUAGGCGACGGUCACCGCUUUCAAUCAGGUGGGCCUUCCGUUAAUUCGCCAUGUUAACUUAGCGAAUUAUCAUAAAAAGACUAGGUAGGUUCUUUUAAGGCGAUAUUUUCAUAUCUUUUAUUUGGUAUAAAUAAUACAACAGAAACACACAACAGUCUCAAUAGGUUUCUUUUCUUUCUUUCUCAGUAGGUAGAUCCGGUCAUUGACUUCUAAAGGUGUGAGACUUUUUAAUGUAACUUUCUACAUGUCUGAGUGGUCCGUCUGCCCGUCUAUCAGACUGUCAGCCUAUAUGUCUGAGUGGUCCGUCUAGCCGUCUAUCAGACUGUCAGCCUAUAUGUCUGAGUGGUCUGUCUGCCCGUCUAUCAGACUGUCAGCCUAUAUGUCUGAGUGGUCCGUCUGCCCCUCUGUCAGACUGUCAGUCUAUCUGUCUAUGUGGUCCGCCUGGCCGUCUAUCAGACUGUCAGUCUAGCUGUCUGAUUAACAGACAAUUUUGUCAGCGUAUAUGUCUGUGUGGUCCGUCUGCCCGUCUAUCUGACUGUCAGCCUAGCUGUCUAAUUAACAGACAGUUUUGUCAGCGUAUAUGUCUGUAUGGUCUAUCUGCCCGUCUAUCAGACUGUCAGUCUAUCCAUAUGUGUGGUCCGUCUGCCCGUCUAUCAGACUGUCAGCAUAUAUGUCUGUGUGGUCCGUCUGCCCGUCUAUAUGACUGUCAGCCUAGCUGUCUGAUUAACAGACAGUUUUGUCAGCGUAUAUGUCUGUGUGGUCCGUCUGCCCGUCUAUCAGACUGUCAGUCUAUCCGUCUGUGUGGUCCGUCUGCCCGUCUAUCAGACUUUCAGCGUAUAUAUCUGUGUGGUGCGUCUGCCCGUCUAUCAGACUGUCAUUCUAUCUGUCUUUGUGGUCCGUCUGCCCGUCUAUCAGACUGUCAGCGUAUAUAUCUGUGUGGUCCGUCUGCCCGUCUAUCAGACUGUCAUUCUAUCUGUCUGUGUGGUCCGUCUGCCCGUCUAUCAGAUUGUCAGCCUAGCUGUCUGAUUAACAGACGGUUUUGUCAGCGUAUAUGUCUGUGUGGUCCGUCUGCCCGUCUAUCAGACUGUCAGUCUAUCCGUCUGUGUGGUCCGUCUGCCCGUCUAUCAGACUGUCAGCCUAGCUGUCUGAUUAACAGACAGUUUUGUUAACGUAUCUGUCUGUGUGCUCCGUCUGCCCGUCCAUUUGACUGUCAGUUUGCCGGGCUGUCAGUCUGUUUGUCAGACUGACAGUUCCUCUGCCUAUAAAUCUGUCUAUCUGGUCCGUUUGUCUGUCUAUAUCUUUGUAUUGUUAUCAAACAAAAUCCUUUAUACCAAAUUAAAUUCGUAGUCAAUUAGUUGUUUUUACACAAGUUUAUUCUUUUGUUUACGCGGUGGCAUAUGGUUGCCAAAAAUAUAACCCUCUGUAAUAAAAGUUGCUAGCAUCUAAAGUUAUGUUCUAAAUGUAGUUACAGGAUUUUUUUUUUCAAUAAAAGAACUCUAUUAUUUCUUCUUUAUGACAAUAUAGGGGUUUCUAUAAAAAAUGGUCAAUCCCUAGAUUAUGUCAAGCAAUCUGGAUGCGUUAUUUUAUAUUUUAACUCAUCUUUCAAGUUACAUUGAAAAGUCUUAUGCCUGCAGCAGCCAACAGCGGGUUCUUAGGUUAAAAGAACUGUUAAAAUUUAAGACAUUUGGGCAUAAACGGCCCCAAACGAUGUGGCGAGAUGUGGGUCGUACAAAACGAAAGCUGUAGCUGUCCCCGGUCGCCGUGUACUGUUAGUUACAUAUGACGUGACAUCGCCGCGCAUCUGUGACACUCGCGUCAUAGCAUCGAAGCGCUACAAUUAAGAUACUCAUUUGUAAUUUUGGUACAAGUAUAAAUUACAAUUUUAUUGUCCGGAAGGAAAAUAACAAAUUAACCGCUUCCGCCGACGACGUUGUGUAUAAUUGUCUCGCUUAUUACCCGUGGUCGGUCACAGCGUCACAGUGAAACGACGAUAGCGAUAGGCCAUUUGGUCGCCUUUCGAAUUGUAUUGACAAUAUUUUUUAAAGUGUUCUACUUUGGGCAUAGUUUUUUUUUUUUAUGGGAAAAUAAUUUUAACACUGGCCCGAGAUAACUUGUCAUUGGGGUCGAUUCAGAAGCGCUAUUUCUAUAAAUAGAUUAAUAUAAACUAAUUUUCUAAUAAAUUUAAAUCAACAUUAUUAUAAUUUAUAAUUUACAAUUUUAGUUUAUAAUUUUCCGAAAUUACCAAAUUGAAAUAUUUUGUUAAGAGAUAAAUAUGGUAUAAAGAAGUAAAUGGCGCCUCUGAAUCUGUUCCACUGUCUUCCAUCAGAUGCGUAUAUUUACCUAUAAUCUAUUUCCAACGAAAUUUUCUAACAGUAACCUACCUGAUGUUGUAAUAGUAGUCCGUCUGUCUGUCCGUCUAUCUGUUCUUUGUCUGUCUGACCGUCUGUCUGUUUGUCCGUCUGUCUAUCUAUCUAUUUAUCAGAUCUAUCUAUGUAUCAUUCUGUCUGUCUGUUUAUCCGUCUGUCUUACUCUGUGUCCGUUAUCUGUCUGUUCUGUCUGUCUGUGAGUUUGUCUAUCUAUCUGUCCGUGAGUCUAUCUGUAUGUCCGUGUGUUUGUCUGUAUGUUCAUCUGACUGACCGUCUAUCUGUGUAUCUAUCUCUCUGUUCGUACGUCUGUCUAUCUGUGUGUUUGUUUAUUUAUCCGUCAGUUUACCAGUGUGCCCGUUUGACUAUCUGUGUGCCCAUCUGACUAUCUGUGUGCCCGUCUGACUAUCUGUGUGCCCGUCUGACUAUCUGUGUGCCCGUUUGACUAUCUGUGUGCCCAUCUGACUAUCUGUGUACCCAUCUGACUAUCUGUGUGCCCGUCUGUCUAUCUGUGUGCCCGUCUGACUAUCUGUGUGCCCGUCUGACUAUCUGUGUACCCAUCUGACUAUAUGUGUGCCCGUCUGUCUAUCUGUGUGCCCGUCUGUAUAUUUGUAUGCCCGUCUGACUAUCUGUGUGCCCAUCUGACUAUCUAUCUGUUUGCCUGUCUAUCUGUGUUCCCCUCUAUCUAUCUAAGUGACUAUUUAUCUGUGUGCCUGUCAUCCCAUCUAAUGCCCGUCAGUCUAUUUGUGCGCUCAUAUGUCUGUCUGUGUGCCCGUCUUUCUAUUUGUGUGCCCGUAUGUCUAUUUGUGUGCUCGUUUGUCUAUCUGUUUGCCCGUUUGACCAUCUGUGUGCCCGUCUGACUAUCUGUGUGCCCGUCUGACUAUCUGUGUGCCCGUCUGUCUAUUUGUGUGCCCGUCUGACUAUCUGUGUGCCCGUCUGUCUAUUUGUGUGCCCGUCUGUCUAUUUGUGUGCCUAUCUGAUUAUCUGUUUGCCUGUCUGACUAUCUGUGUGCCUGUCUGACUAUCUGUGUGCCCGUCUGACUAUCUGUGUGCCCGUCUGUCUAUCUGUGUGCCCGUCUGACUAUCUGUGUGCCUAUCUGAUUAUCUGUUUGCCCGUCUGUCUAUCUGUGUGCCCGUCUGACUAUCUGUGUGCCCGUCUGACUAUCUGUUUGCCCGUCUGUCUAUCUGUGUGCCCGUCUGACUAUCUGUGUGCCCGUCUGUCUAUUUGUGUGCCCGUCUGACUAUCUGUGUGCCUAUCUGAUUAUCUGUUUGCCUGUCUGACUAUCUGUGUGCCUGUCUGACUAUCUGUUUGCCCGUCUGUCUAUCUGUGUGCCCGUCUGACUAUCUGUGUGCCCGUCUGACUAUCUGUUUGCCCGUCUGUCUAUCUGUGUGCCCGUCUGACUAUCUGUGUGCCCGUCUGUCUAUUUGUGUGCCCGUCUGACUAUCUGUGUGCCUAUCUGAUUAUCUGUUUGCCUGUCUGACUAUCUGUGUGCCUGUCUGACUAUCUGUGUGCCCGUCUGACUAUCUGUGUGCCCGUCUGUCUAUCUGUGUGCCCGUCUGACUAUCUGUGUGCCCGUCUGUCUAUCUGUGUGCCCGUCUGUCUAUCUGUGUGCCCGUCUGUCUAUCUGUGUGCCCGUCUGUCUAUUUGUGUGCCCGUCUGUCUAUCUGUGUGCCUAUCUGAUUAUCUGUUUGCCUGUCUGACUAUCUGUGUGCCUGUCUGACUAUCUGUGUGCCCGUCUGACUAUCUGUGUGCCCGUCUGUCUAUCUGUGUGCCCGUCUGACUAUCUGUGUGCCUAUCUGAUUAUCUGUUUGCCCGUCUGUCUAUCUGUGUGCCCGUCUGACUAUCUGUGUGCCCGUCUGACUAUCUGUUUGCCCGUCUGUCUAUCUGUGUGCCCGUCUGUCUAUCUGUGUGCCCGUCUGUCUAUCUGUUUGCCCGUCUGACUAUCUGUGUGCCCGUCUGACUAUCUGUGUGCCCGUCUGACUAUCUGUGUGCCCGUCUGACUAUCUGU